ACCGCAGACAACCGCUAGUCAAUCGGGGUCGUUGUACCACGCGUGUAUACAACAUCAUUGCGGAAAGGUUGCGUGGAGUGUUUAAGGACGUAGCGACAGAAACGAGACGUGAUCAAAUACCUCCAAAACGAUCGAUCAACGAUGAAUCGUGAAAGCAUCUACUACCUUCCGGAGGGAAGCAGUGAGAGCACGUUUUGUUACGAUGAGAGCUGCCCUCGAUUACCUCUGCCCAAGCUGGACCACACGCUCAAGCGCUACUUGGAGUCAGUGAAGCCGUUCGGGACGGCCGCGGAGCUGGAAAAUACGAAACAAAUCAUCGAGACCUUCCGCAAGGGCGUUGGAGCACAGUUGCAGAAGAUUCUGGAGGAGAAGGCAGCGUGCGAAAAAAAUUGGGUGGAUAAAUGGUGGGAAGAUUAUGCAUACUGCACGUUGCGCAUGUCGCUGAUUCCUUACUGCAUCAUGGUGCAACCGCUGCUGUUAGAUACCGUCGGACUGGAGUCGAUACCGGAGAACUUUCUGAAGGGACCCGCCGUUUGCUUGUACCAUAACAUGGUGUUUUGGAAGCUGUUGCGCACGGAACGGCUACGGCCUGUCGCUACCCCGGACAAGCAGAUGGUUUUCUCUUCCGAUUUAUACCGCCGGUUGUACAAUACCGUCCGCAUUCCGGGGCUCGAAAUGGACAAAGUCGAAAGUCACUUCCGAACGGAAAAGGAAGGCCCUUGCGCGUCGCAUAUCAUCGUGCUUUACGGCGGACGCAUCUUCAAGGUGCCUGGGCUGGACGCUAAGGGAGAUCCGUUGAGUCCGCAGGACUUUCUUUUCGCAUUGCAGCAGCUUCAGGUGAAGGUAGAGAGUGAGACGGUCACGCAUGCCGGUGUUCCGGUGCUCACGAACGACGAUCGCACCACGUGGGCUCGCAACCGGACGCAUUUGAUGGAACUAUCGGCACGUAAUAAGGACUCGCUGCGUGACAUCGAGCAAGCCGUCGCUCUCUUGAUAUUGGACACACAUUGCCCGGACAGUUUCUCGGAUCUGGCACAGCUUGCUUUGACUGGUGAUGUACGAUCGAAGUGGGCGGACAAAAGCUGCGGUACGAUCGCGUUCAAGAACGGAAAGAUGGGUUGUUACGGCGAGCACUGCUGCUACGACGGGUCCAUCUCAAUAUCCAUCAGCUUGUAUGUGAUGAUGAGCAUUGCAGAGGAAGGAAUACCGGACUGGAGUGUCCCGCCGGCUAAUUUAAACCUUCCCGAAGAAGUAGUGUUUGAUUUGGAUGACUCGCUACGGCAGGAAAUCGAUCGCAUGGAGAAGGUUGCCUGUGAUAUGCGAAACAGCGUGCUGGUUUCCAUGGAUCAGUUUCAAGAUUAUGGCAAGGCGUUUAUGAAAAAGCACAAAGUACACCCGGAUGCGUACGUACAAACGGCGCUGCUGUUGACGUACUAUCGACUCCACGGAUCGUACGCCCCCACCUACGAAACGGCUAUGAUGCGGCAGUUUUACAAAGGACGCACGGAAACAUGCCGAUCGUGUAGCAUCGAAGCGGUCAAUUUCAUAGAGGCGAUGGAAUCAUCCGGUGGGAAUAAUGUCGAAACUGCUAAACUAUUUAAGGCGGCCGCCAAACGCCAGAUGGAACUUAUGAACGAAGCCCGCAAGGGCAAUGGGAUCGAUCGGCAUUUGUUUGGGCUUUGGUGUGCGGCUUACGACAACGGAAUGCCUAUUCCGGAGCUGUACGACGAUCCACUGUACAACAAGAGUGGAGGCGGUGGCAACUUUAUACUCUCAACGAGCACUCUUGGCUACACGAUCAACUGCGGGUUUGUGGCACCGAUGUGCAUGGACGGAUACGGGUGUUUCUACACCAUGCUGGAGGAGAGCGUAUGGGGCAUCUUUUCGGCGUACCGCGACAGUACGGUUACUAGCUGCCACAAGUUUCAGCAAACAUUCCAUCAGGUCAUGCUGGAUCUGAAAACUCUGCUAGAGAGCGGUGAUAUGGGCAACAAGCUUUAAUGCAGCAUUUGCAUGUGGUACAAUUUGGUUAUAGAUUUCUGUUUUGUACGUUAAACGUAAACGGGAGAAGGGUACGUAAAGUUUUAUUAUCCGAACGAAUAUUGGCUUUUGGCCGUGGGGGAAA